AUGGCAACUUAUGUUCGAUCCAUCUUUACUCGCUACCUACACUCACCAACCUUGAUCAAGUCUCCACAUAGCCCUAGUACCACCAGACGCAACGCCAUUGCCAGAAAUGGACUUCAUAUGAUUCAUGUUGCCACUACCAGAAAUAUAUCUAGUACCACAGCAAAAGGACAUGUUCGAUUACAGAUUCGCGAAAUUCGAAAUAAACUUCUAAUCAUGUUGCUUGGUGGAUUUUCUGGACUUGUUGGAAAGUAUAUUUAUGAUGAAAAAGUUAAGAAAGAGAAUUAUUAA